GGAAAAAAUUAGGGUAAGGGUCAAUGCGUUUGUAUAAAUAGUUUGGUUGAGUCUUGUGUUUUCCUCCCUCUUCUUUCUCUCACAUUUUUUCCUAAAAAAAAAAAAGGGAUUGCAGUAGGAUGGAAAUAUCCAAGCUACUAGUGAAUAAUACGGAAAUCAUCACAACAGUCGGAAAGGCGAUGAAUAGCAACAAAAAACGAUAUGCAUGUACAUGGCAAGACUGCCAAAAGACUUUUAGCAGGCCAUCGGAUAUGACUCGACAUUAUCGUAUCCAUACCAACGACAGACGUUAUCAGUGCCCUCUGGAGCAUUGUGGCAAAAAGUUUAUUCAGAGAUCAGCGCUUAAUGUACAUGAACGCACACAUUCGGGCGAGAAGCCUCAUAUUUGCCAGGUUACCGGUUGCAACAAGAGAUUUGGGGAUAGCAGUUCAUUAUCCAGACACAGAAGAAUUCAUUCACAGACAAGAUCUUUUGUUUGUGAUGCAGAUAAGUGUUCCAAAAGCUACACGAAAAAAUCGCAUUUGAUAAGGCAUCAACGACGUACACAUGCAUCGGAGAAUAAGGAAGGACAACUAUACCAUAUGACGACACGCGCCAGGGAGAAGCUCAAUAAUUCCUUAUCCACAGAUGAUGAUGAGGAAGUAGAAGAGAUGCCUAACGUGAUUUAUGCAAAGAAAGUCACAUCAUCACCAGCAAACACAACAUCACCAGCAGAUGUCGCUUCUGUACACCCGAAUUAUUGGCUCAUCUCACAAUCACAGCCACCAUGUCACACCAGUCCCAUUCUUUAUUCCAAAAUCACGUUUUGUGAAGAGAGUACCUCUUAUUACUAUCAUUAAAUACAUCUCGACCGUCAUUCGUUUUUUCUUUCUUUCUAUGCCAUGCAUUACGCACUCACACACUUAUGACUUAUGAAUAAUAAAAAAAAAAUUGUUCCGUAUAAAGAAAAGAGGUGCCACGAUAUAAAUGAUUGGUUAAUAAAUUGCUAUUUUUGUACGCGCUUGUACUACAUUACGCUGUAAAAACGUGGAAGCCGGAAAACAUGAUCCCGCUACCAAUAAACCCAAUAAAAUUAUAUUAAGAGAAAAAGAAAAAAAAAUCAUAUUAUAU